GUUACAGAUGGGGAUUCAUGUUUGAACGCAUAGCAAUAAUUUUCAGUAAAACAGACAAACGACGGUAAAUAUAUCCCGUCCCUGGAGCUUGGGAGGCCUAGACGCUCUGGUGAAUUCUGCAACGCGAAUUAUAGUUAGACAACGAUUUCCGACUUUUAUCCAUUGCUGACCGAUCUCAGACCAACAGGCAGACUGGGUUGGCGGGUGCUUCGUUUCGAAACGCUGGUAUGUUCUAGACGUUCUAUUUUUUUCGAGCGAACUCAGCUGAUUGUGACGUAGCACGGCGAGCCGGGAGAAGGGCAAAGUGUGUACGGCGGCUGGGCCAGAGAGACAGAGGGCUCGUCAAGUUACGGUCCGGGGGCAGGCCGCCCGGGAAUAAGAAACUAUUACGGUUGGAUUAUAUUGUUUCGUGGUGGUGGCAGGACGUUAGGCUUAUUACGCGGACCCUCGUCGACUGAAGAGCGCGCAUUCUAGAAGCAGUCCAUAAUAAUCCAUUCCUAUUCUAAGAGGGGCGAGGACGGACAGUUGGCGACACUCUUAACAAGUGUGUGUGUGUGUUCCCUCUGACUGUGUGUGAGGGAGGUGGUGGUGGGAGUCAUGGUGGAUUACUAUGGCGUCCUGGGAGUGACAAGGACCGCCACUCCUGAGGAUAUUAAGAAGGCCUACAGGAAGCAGGCCCUGCGUUGGCACCCAGACAAGAACCCAGACAACAAGGAGGAGGCGGAGAGGAAGUUUAAGGAGCUGGCUGAGGCCUAUGAAGUGCUGUCAGACAAGGGGAAACGCGACGCCUAUGACAACUUUGGCACCAGCAGGCCACACACAGGCUCCUGUGGGUCUCCAGGGCCAGAGGACUUCCAAGGGUUCACCUUCACAUUCCGCAGCCCAGAGGAGGUGUUCCGCGAGUUCUUCGGCGGUCAGGACCCCUUUGCCAGUUUCUUCGAUGACUUCCCCUUCGGAGGGAUGCACAGUGGUUUCCACGGACACCCAGGCUCCUCCCGCCUCGGUCCUGGCCGAUUCUUCUCCUUCCCCUCCUCUGGAGCGGACUUCACUUCCUUCUCCUCGUCCAUGGGGGGGGUCGACGGGAUGGCCGGCAUGGGCGGAGCCAGCUUCAAGUCUGUCUCAACGUCAACGCGCAUCGUCAACGGCAAACGCACCACCACUAAGAAGAUCAAAGAGAACGGCCAUGAGAGAACAGAGAUUGAGGAGGAUGGGGUUCUGAAGACUGUUCUCAUUAACGGCGUAAAGGACGAGCUAGCUCUGGCUCUGGAGCUCAGCAAGAGAGAGCAGCAGCCCAGCCAGCCGUCGCCGCGGCAACACCUCCAACAUCCGCCGCCCCGGUCGCCCGCCGAGCGCCGGCCUCCGCGCCCCCCCCCCCGCCGCCGCUCCACCGCCCCGGCCCCCGCCCCGGCCCCCGCCCAGCGCUCCUUCAGCGCCGCGCCCUACUUCCGCUACCCGGAGGACAGCGAUGAGGAGGAGGAGGAUGAAGACCUCCAGCUGGCGCUAGCCUGCAGCCUGUCGGAGAUGGAGGCCCAGCAGAGGGCUACUGCCGUCUACCCAGACUCAGACUUCCAGGCCUUCACUGGCUGAUUGGCCACUGCUGCUCCUUGCCCCGCCCCCCGAGGUCUCAAACGCCACGAAGCACUUGUCUCUCUGCCUGGCUUGCCUGCAGCUGAUCGUCACUUUCAAAGUUUUAUUUGAAAAAUAAUCUCAAACUGACAAUACCGAUGUAUGUACCGAUGUGUGUGUGAGUGUGUAAAUAGCUGAAAGAAACACUGGAUUCUUUGUGUUUUAAAAGCAACUCAUCUCCAUUAAAACCAACCUC